AUGCACUGUGAAACUACCUCAGGAUUUGAUCCCGGCUUCUUGGCCUCGAUUCGUCGGAAUCUUUUGGAAGAUGAUGAUUCUGGAGUUCAAUGUCUAGCAACAUUUCCGGAAAAUGAAGCAAACGUUCAAGUUCCGAUUCCAACGGAUCAGAUGGAUUGUUCCGAUACUGAUGCUGUUGCUAUAAAUGUUGAUCGAUGGAUAACCUUUGAUCAAUUAUUUGAUGCGGCGGAGGCUGCCGCUGUUGAUGUUUCAGUUCCCAGCCGCGAAGAGACUUCUGACGCUGCGACGGCGAUUCACACGCCGCCGAGGAAGGUGCGUUAUAAGGGCGUAAGGAGAAGGCCAUGGGGGACAUACGCGGCGGAGAUAAGGGAUCCCAAAAGAAAUGGUGCCAGAAUUUGGCUCGGUACUUACGAGACGCCCGAAGAUGCUGCAAUGGCUUACGAUAAAGUGGCUUUUGAGAUGCGCGGCGCAAAAGCCAAGCUGAAUUUUCCACACCUUGUUGGCUCAGCUCAGGUGGAGCCUGUGAGAUUGGGUAAUAACAAGCGAAGGUCUCCGGUGCCCUGUUCGUCUAGAACUCCCGAGUCGAAACGGAGGAUAAGCGAGUUUAAGUCGGCAUUUGAACCUGAGUUGGGAAGUGAGCUAGAACUCAACAUAUAUCAGUCAAUGACAACUGAAUUUUAA